CCGCCCCGGGAUUUAAAGGGCCCGCUCGCCGAGCCGCCCUGGGAGCCGCUGCUGGUCCCGGCCUUGCGGCCUGCGGGGUAGGCUGCCCGGAGGAGGCGGCGGCGGCGGCAGCGCGUCUUCGGUCCCCAGGACCACGGGCUUCUUUCCUGCCAGCCCCCGGACCUGGGCAGGACUUUGUUGGCGGCCUCUCGCCGGAUCUAUCCAUCUGGUCUUCCAUCCGUGGGGGUCCGAAAUGGCCACCUUCAGCCGCCAGGAAUUUUUCCAACAGCUACUGCAAGGCUGUCUCCUGCCUACUGCCCAGCAGGGCCUUGACCAGAUCUGGCUGCUCCUUGCCAUCUGCCUUGCCUGCCGCCUCCUCUGGAGGCUCGGGUUGCCAUCCUACCUGAAGCAUGCAAGCACCGUGGCAGGCGGGUUCUUCAGCCUCUACCACUUCUUCCAGCUGCACAUGGUUUGGGUCGUGCUGCUCAGCCUCCUGUGCUACCUCGUGCUGUUCCUCUGCCGACAUUCCUCCCAUCGAGGCGUCUUCCUCUCCGUCACCAUCCUCAUCUACCUACUCAUGGGUGAGAUGCACAUGGUAGACACCGUGACAUGGCACAAGAUGCGAGGGGCCCAGAUGAUCGUGGCCAUGAAGGCAGUGUCUCUGGGCUUCGACCUGGACCGGGGCGAGGUGGGUGCAGUGCCCUCACCAGUGGAGUUCAUGGGCUACCUCUACUUCGUGGGCACCAUUGUCUUCGGGCCCUGGAUAUCCUUCCACAGCUACCUACAGGCUGUCCAAGGCCGCCCACUGAGCCGCCAGUGGCUGCAGAAGGUGGCCUGGAGCCUGGCACUGGCCCUGCUGUGCCUUGUGCUGUCCACUUGCGUGGGCCCCUAUCUCUUCCCGUACUUCAUCCCCCUCAACGGUGACCGCCUCCUUCGCAACAAGAAACGCAAAGCCAGGGGCACCAUGGUAAGGUGGCUGCGAGCCUACGAGAGUGCUGUCUCCUUCCACUUCAGCAACUAUUUUGUGGGCUUUCUGUCCGAGGCCACGGCCACGUUGGCGGGGGCUGGCUUUACCGAGGAGAAGGAUCACCUGGAAUGGGAUCUGACGGUGUCCAAGCCACUGAAUGUGGAGCUGCCUCGGUCAAUGGUAGAAGUUGUCACAAGCUGGAACCUGCCCAUGUCUUAUUGGCUAAAUAACUAUGUUUUCAAGAAUGCUCUCCGCCUGGGGACCUUCUCAGCUGUGCUGGUCACCUAUGCAGCCAGUGCCCUCUUGCAUGGCUUCAGCUUCCACCUGGCUGCAGUCCUGAUGUCCCUGGCUUUUAUCACUUAUGUGGAACAUGUCCUUCGGAAGCGCCUGGCUCGGAUCCUCAGUGCCUGUGUCUUGUCAAAGCGGUGCCCGCCAGACUGUUCACACCGGCAUCGCUUGGGCCUGGGGGUGCGAGCCUUAAACUUGUUCUUUGGAGCCCUGGCCAUCUUCCACCUGGCCUACCUGGGCUCCCUGUUUGAUGUCGAUGUGGAUGACACCACAGAGGAGCAGGGCUACGGCAUGGCAUACACUCUCCACAAGUGGUCAGAGCUCAGCUGGGCCAGUCACUGGGUCACUUUUGGAUGCUGGAUCUUCUACCGUCUCAUAGGCUGAGGCACAUCUGUGGACCCUAAUAACCCUCUUGAGACCCCUCUCAGCGUGCCACUGAUGGAAGACGAGGGAAGGCCCUCUCUCUAUUCCUUGGCCCCCUCCAUCCUUGAUUCCCAACAUCUUAACAGACACACACACACACACACACACACACAAUCACACUAUGUCCAUGCCUGUCAAUCCCCACCCCACCACAAGGCGGGAAGGGGGUAGUCCCUGCUGGGACCUAGGGGUGGGGGACACUUGGGGAAACUGAGAGCGGGAGAUCCAGGGCCUCCCCGCCUUCUGUCUUCCUUUUUAUAUACAGUUUGUUAUUGUCAAAUAAAAGUAGGAAAUAUACAA